UAUCGACGAAUAGCAGAAGCAAGACCGUCGUCACUCAAAAAGUUUUUCUUCCGACUGUUAUAACUAUAGGGAGCGAGCUAGGAUUCAUAGGAGCAAUCGCAGCUUCUUGAGGCUUUGUGAUUUGAAAAAAACAGUUCUCUAUUUUCUCUGCUUCCUCCUUCUAUUUUCUAGAAUUUAGAAAUCUAUACACAAAACUCAAGAAAAUAUGGUUACUGUGUCUCAAGAAAAUAUGGUUGCUUUGGUUUCUCGCACUGGAAGGCAUUUGCAGCGGUACAACAAGGGCCGUCGACAAGUUGUUGGAUGUAUUCCAUACAGAUACAAGAUUCCAAAGCAAACAUCUUUGGACGAUGCAGGAGAAUUAGAAGUUCUUGUCAUCAGUUCACAGAAAGGGAAAAAAUUGUUGUUCCCAAAGGGAGGUUGGGAAAAAGAUGAAUCCAAAAAAGAGGCAGCUUUACGAGAGACCCUAGAGGAAGCAGGGGUACGAGGCAUUCUCGAGCGUGAAUUGGGUAAGUGGAGUUUCAAGAGCAAAUCCAAUGAUACUUACUAUGAAGGAUACAUGUUCCCUCUGCUUGUUGAAGAGCAGUUAGAUUUUUGGCCAGAGAAGGACGUCCGCCAAAGAAAAUGGAUGAGUGUGCAAGAAGCGAAAGAAGUUUGUCAAUAUAUAUGGAUGAAGGAAGCCCUAGAUAAAUUUGUUAGUCGCCUCGCAUCUCAACAACAUGCUGCCGAGAAAACAAUGAACAAGUAGUGGUACUACCAGUCUACCAUGUUCGGUAGAGCAUGUCUGGCUUGUAAAUAGGAAAUUGUUGUAGCGGGACCAGAUGAGCAAAGGAGAUCGAGGUUGGAUCCAAACAGACAAGAAAGAGAGUGACAACUUCAGAAAAAGCCAUUGCAGGAGUUGGCAUUUAUGGUUCUUGUUUUGCUUUGUUGGAAUUUCAAUGAUCCAAAAUCUUAGCCAAAAAAACAAAAACAAUUGAGCUUUCUUAGGAUUAAGCUGGUGGAAACACUACGAAAGUAGCAGAGGAUUAGAAACAUGUUCACAAUAUUUGUAAGCAUGGUUCUGAUAAAGUUUUGUUUCAGAAUCCAUCUUCUUAGCUUGUAUCAUUAUAAUCAUAAUGGUAGUUUAUGAAUUCAGGGGUCGGCUUUCUAUCA